AUGUCCGGAUCAAAUCCUUUUCGCCCUAGAAAUCCGGGCAAUCCCGCAGAUCCAUUGUCUACCAACUCGGGCACUUUUGCUCCUGCUUUGCCCUCCAAGCCUCUACCUACGCCACCCAUACCCCCGAAUGAUUACCCUAGGAAGUCAUCCAUAUCGCUCGAACGCGAGGUAGAUGACUCGAGCUCCUCGGACGAAGAGACAAACCCAUUCAAUCCGGAUGUGUCUGGGAGCGAUAGUGAGGACGAAAGCAAUGGGUACAAGAGCCCAGCGCCCCGUGAGGAUGAUCGACUACGAGAAUCUCUUGGGUCAGCUCCACACCCAGCUCCAUCAACAGAUGGAUCCCCCAUAUCCCCCGACCACAACAGGCGGUCUGCAACAGGUGCAGACAGUUUUCCUGCAGCACGUCCUGCAGCACGGUUAUCUGUAGAGCUUGAUGCAAACAGCUCUUUCGGCCGAGCCAAAGACAAGAAGCCGCCGCCUCCGCCUAGAAGUCAUCACGGCCGCAGGAUCGGCUCUACAGCUACCGCAGAAUCAUCCCAGACCGCCCGGUCCCGGUCUACUAACCGCCUGUCAAUUCAUGGCUCUGGGAACGUGACGCCCGGGGCCUCGCAUCCCAGCUCUGUGUCUCUAUCAUCGACCACGGACUAUUUCUCGGGCCCUGGGGCGACAGGGUCGACGGACUCGCUCCAGCGCAGUCAAUCUCAUAAGCGUCCUCCGACGCCACCUCUCAGUCGACGGCACAGCCAGAUGAGGAGAUCCAAAUCUACACAGUCCAAAACUAGCAGCAGAUUAAACAUGUCUUACGAUUCGGAGAGCAAUGAUGGCUCUCUGCCUCCCAGCCCGGGGCCUUCUAGUCGGGCGCUGCAAAACAAGAGAAUCAGCAUGCCCCCGCCAUCAUCGGGAGACUUCCAAGCGACUGCCCCUCCAUCAUCACUGAAGGCUGGGCGGCGGGUAUCAUCCUAUGGGAGUGUACCGUCUGGCUCUACUGGACCCCCGCCGCCCCCUCCGCCUCGGCGCACUCGAGAUUCCAUUGCCCGUAGUAAUGAUGUGAUGGGGUUGAAGGAGAACCAGACGCCAGCCCCACAACCAUCCAAUGCCCUUGACAUCCUGGCUGAUCUCAGCAAGCUUCAGAAAGAGGUGGAUGAUCUUCGGGGGCAUUAUGAAAAUCGGAAAGUUAGGGAUUGA